ACGUGUUCAGUUGUCCGGAAGAGCUAUUUUCACUGAGGAAGAGGAACUUUCUUCUAAAAAUAGGAGGUUGAGCAGCACUAUGUUGCCGACCACCUCGCCGCAGAACGGAAGCCUGAGCGCCCGCGAUGCGGCACGCCACACAGCGGGCGCCAAGCGCUACAAAUACCUGAGGAGGCUGUUGCACUUCAAAGCCAUGGAUUUUGAGUUUGCCGUGUGGCAGAUGCUCUACCUGUUCACCUCCCCACAGAGAGUCUACCGCAACUUCCACUACAGGAAGCAGACCAAGGACCAGUGGGCCAGAGACGACCCUGCCUUCCUGGUGUUACUCAGCAUCUGGCUCUGUGUGUCCACGGUGGGCUUUGGGUUGGUGCUGGACAUGGGCUUCGUGGAGACUCUGAAGCUGCUGCUGUGGGUGGUAUUCAUAGACUGCAUCGGAGUGGGCCUGCUCAUCUCCACACUCAUGUGGUUCAUCACCAAUAAGUACCUGCUGAAGCCCCCCAGUAAGGACUAUGAUGUGGAGUGGGGCUACGCAUUCGAUGUGCAUCUCAAUGCCUUCUACCCCCUGCUUGUCAUCCUGCACUUCCUCCAGCUCUUCUUUAUGAACCAUAUCGUAGUGAUAAACUCAGACUGGUUCCUGGGGUACUUUGUAGGGAACAGUCUGUGGCUGAUAGCCAUCGGCUACUAUCUAUACAUUACAUUCCUGGGAUACAAUGCACUACCCCACCUGCAGAACACAGUGGUUCUGCUCUACCCCUUCGCCCUGCUAGGUCUCCUCUACAUCCUCUCUCUCUCUCUGGGAUGGAACUUCACCAAGGGCCUCUGCUGGUUCUACAAGUACCGCGUCCAGUAGACACCCUGGAGUCAGGACCAGAGCCCGGACCAGAGCCCACAGACAGACUGACAGAGUCAGUGGUGGCUCUGAGGACAAUGCUUUCAUUUUGGAAUGUGAUUGGAUGGGGGUGUUGCACUUUUGUAUACUAUGUAAAUAAUACUUUGGUUGUGAGAUACACAAAUCGUGGAUUGUUUCUAAGAUUAUAUCUCGGUUUGUUUUCUUUUUUUAAAUAUGACAUAAUGAAAAUCUUGUUUAUUGAAGAGAAAUAGAAGUAAUGGAAAGUGGUGAAUUUGUAUUUCAAUUGGACUAAGGGACGUUUCUCUGAGUGUACAUUGCCGAGCACUUUCAAUAAAUAAGUUUUACUUUA